GGACUUGAAAUUUUAUCACACCUGUCGUUGAAUGUUAACUGACUUUUGAACCAUUUCAAGAGGGGGGGAACUGGGUCCCUCUCUUAGAAGAUUACAACAUUUAUAGAGGCGCGGAACACGGUCAAUAAAAGCGGAUCGUCAUAAAAAUACCCAUUUGUUCAAAUGAAUAUAAAAAGGACCGUCUUUGGAUGCAACAGCUCUCUUUUUUUUGGUCUUCAAAACCUCAACCUCUACAUUCUAAGCCUAUUCAUCUAAACGCAGGUCGUUCUUAUCAAAAUCAUAUUCAACAUGCAAGCUCAAUUCCUCGCUACUCUCUUUGCCACCAUCGCUGUUCUCGCUGCUUUCGUCGCCGCUGCCCCUGCUACUGAAAAGAGACACAAGUCUUACAAGGGCACUGCUACUUGGUUCAAGCCCAAGCAUGAAGGUGGUAGCCAUGCCGCUUGUGGUGGUAAGCACAUCGAUAAUCACUCUCGUAUCGUUGCUCUUAACGCUAAGCAAUACGGUGAUGAAGAUGAAGAAUCUGAAUGGUGUGGUAAGGAAAUCAAGAUCCAUGGUAAGCAUGGUUCCGUCACAGCCACUAUUUUGGAUGUCUGCCCUGAAUGUGACAAGGGUGAUCUCGACUUGACUCCUGUCCUCUUCAAGGAAGUCGUUGGCGACAUGGACAUUGGUGAAGGUGAUAUUGAAUGGGAACUUAUCUAAGUAGAACCAUUCGUCAUGAUGAGUUGAUCUCAUUCUUUUUUUGCUUUCAGUCAUCUGUGAUGACGAACACAACGAUUCAAAUUACUGACACAGGUUGUCAUUCUCAUCUAUAAUGCUCGAGGUAGACAUCAAAGUUCAUGAUACUACCAUUAACUUAUUAAAUACAAUUUGCAGUUCCGCUGAACCUCAUCUAUCAUUCACAAAUAAAAUAAUUUUUCACUCAAAAUACUCAUGCAUUGACUAGGUGUUGUAAUUUCAAUUAUUGUCAACAAUGUCUCAAGUUUUUUUUUUUUCUUUGGUUUUUU